GAUUCUGUGAACAUGUCUUUUUCAAAGACAUCAUAUGGUUAUGACUCACCGAAGACAUCAUAUGCAAACGACUCACCGAAGACAUUAUAUGGUAACUACUCACCGAAGACAUCAUAUGGUAACGACUCACCGAAGACAUCAUAUGGAAACGACUCACCGAUGACAUCAUAUGGUAACGACUCACCAAAGACAUCAUAUGGUAACGACUCACCGAAGACAUCAUAUGGAAACGACUCACCGAUGACAUCAUAUGGUAACGACUCACCAAAGACAUCAUAUGGUAACGACUCACCGAAGACAUCAGAUGGUAACAACUCACCGAAGACAUCAUAUGGUAACGCCUCACCGAAGACAUCACAUGGUAACACCUCACCGAAGACAUCAUAUGGUAACGACUCACCGAAGACAUCAUAUGGUAACUACUCACCGAAGACAUCAUAUUGUAACGACUCACCGAAGACAUCAUAUGGUAACACCUCACCGAAGACACCAUAUGGUAACGACUCACCGAAGACAUCACAUGGUAACAACUCACCGAAGACAUCUUAUGGUAACAACUCACCGAAGACAUCAUAUGGUAACGACUCACCGAAGACAUUAUAUUGUAACAACUCACCAAAGACAUUAUAUAGUAACGACUCAUCGAAGACAUCAUAUGGUAACAACUCACCGAAGUCAUCAUAUGUUAACGACUCAUCGAAGUCAUCAUAUGGUAACGUCUCACCGAAGACAUCAUAUGGUAACGACUCACCGAAGACAUCAUAUAGUAACGACUCAUCGAAGACAUCAUAUGGUAACGACUCACCGAUGACAUCAUAUGGUAACGACUCACCAAAGACAUCAUAUGGUAACGACUCACCGAAGACAUCAUAUGGUAACGACUCACCGAAGACAUCAUAUAGUAACAACUCACCGAAGACAUCAUAUUGUAACAACUCACCGAAGACAUCAUAUGGUAUCGACUCACCGAAGACAUCAUAUUGUAACAACUCAUCGAAGACAUCAUAUUGUAACAACUCACCGAAGACAUCAUAUGGUAACGACUCACCGAAGACAUCAUAUAGUAGCGACUCACCGAAGACAUCAUAUAGUAACAACUCACCGAAGACAUAAUAUUGUAACAACUCAUCGAAGACAUCAUAUUGUAACAACUCAUCGAAGACAUCAUAUUGUAACAACUCACCGAAGACAUCAUAUGGUAUCGACUCACCGAAGACAUCAUAUAGUAACAACUCACCGAAGACAUAAUAUUGUAACAACUCAUCGAAGACAUCAUAUUGUAACAAUUCAUCGAAGACAUCAUAUUGUAACAACUCACCGAAGACAUCAUAUUGUAACGACUCACCGAAGACAUCAUAUGGUAACGACUCACCAAAGACAUCAUAUGGUAACGACUCACCGAAGACAUCAUAUUGUAACGACUCACCGAAGACAUCAUAUAGUAACGACCCACCGAAGGCAUCAUAUACUAACGACUCAUCGAAGACAUCAUAUGGUAACGACUCACCGAAGACAUCAUAUAGUAACGACCCACCGAAGACAUCAUAUACUAACGACUCAUCGAAGACAUCAUAUGGUAACGACUCACCGAAGACAUCAUAUAGUAACGACUCACCGAAGACAUCAUAUAGUAACGACUCA